UAAAGCUCUUUCAGAACCUUGCUCUCCCAGCUUGGCUCCAGUGGCUGUCUUCUCUGAUUCCUCAAACAUUUCCAAAAUGGCCCUUUUAAUUCCAUUCUUCAUCGGGAUACUGAUGCUUCACUCGGUGGUUGCCUCUCCACCUCUUCGCUUUCUCCCCCAGUCAUGCAAUUCUUCGGUGGUAACGGCUGCUGCAGAAGCGGCCCUUAACAAACUCAAUGCAGAUCGCAGGGAAGGCUACGUUCUCAGCCUCCAGCGCAUUUAUCAUGCCCGCCAACUACCCCAGAGGAUUGCUGGUGCCCUUUUGUACCUCAUCAUGGAUGUGUUAGAAACUGAUUGCCAUGUCCGGAGCAGGAAGUUGUGGCAAGACUGCAACGUUAGACCGGCGCACGAGACAGUCUAUGGCCAAUGCAAAGUAAUAACUCAUUUCAACAGGGAUUCAGAUCAUUCGGACUUGUACAGUUAUGACUGUGUUUUACACCCACUUUCUCCAGCUGCUAUGGCAAAAAUUUGCCCUGAUUGCCCAACCCCUGGAGACCCUUCUGAAGCCACUUUUCAGGAGACAGCAGCAGAGAGCCUGGCCAAACUCAAUGCUGAAAGCAACCGUGUUCAUUAUUUCACCAUCCUCAAUGUCACCAGAGCAAGAUCGCAGUGGGUUGUUGGUCCUUCCAACUUUGUGGAAUACACCAUCCAAGAGACCUCUUGUCCCAAAAGCCAGCCUGUGUCUGUCAUCACUAAGUGUCCUCUACUCCCAUCCGAUACUGCAGUGAGUAUUCAAGCAUCUUUUACAAAGUCUGAGGCAGGCCUAUGCAAAGGCUCUGUGGUUGACAGUCGAAUAGAAAAUCGGAAAUUUGUCACCGUAAAAUGCGAUUUCUUCCCGCAUCCGCCACCAGUUACAGCUGAACAGACUCCACAAUCUGGGUCGGAACCUGGGCAGGAGGAACACCAUGAUGAUGGUGAAAGACCUAGAGAUCUCGGACACCAUCAUCAGCACUCCCGUCCCGACCAUCACGAACAUAAUGGACAUAAGCAGGACCACCAGGAGCCACACCAUCCUCACCCCUCAGCUGACAUCACUGAGACACUACCAGAGCAGAAGGAAACAGUGGGGCGGGUGAUAGUCUAUCCUCCUUCAAGCAAGCAUGUCUCGCUCCACUCCUUACCAGAAACUCAAGCAGAGCAGUUAGAUGAGAAACCGAUUCCUCCAGAAGUGCAGGAGCCAAAUCCAUCCGCUGACCUCAGUCUUGCUCCUCAGGAACAGAAACCCAGUACUCCCUCAGCCAAGCCAGCCAGGCCAGCCAUUCCUCCCUUCCCCAGUGGGUUUUCAGAAUCAGCUGAAUGUCCAGGAGACCUUGCAAUAGAGGUCCAUGGCCUUCAGCUGCCGUUACCCUCCUAGGCCAGAACUUCACAAAAACUGAGUGAUGUAAGCUUGAAAGCUU